CUCACGUGUGAACCUACUACAUAUAAUACAGUCAAGCUGAUUUUCCAUUGGGCUAAAUCGAUUUUUUUUCUGUGCGAAGGAAAAACACGCGAAAAAAAUCGUCUGGUUUGUAUUUAGCACGGCGCGCAACGACUACCACAAUACGAAUACUCCCUUUUUCCUGCAAUUUCUUCAAACUUAAUUUUGUGAAGACCUAGGUAGAGACACACUUUUUCCUUCUUCAAAUUCACUUUUGCGAUCCCAAUCUCGAAUUAUAAUAAUGGCUCCCGUUAAGACCUCCAAGGCCAAGCGCCCCAGCUUCCGCUACGUUAUCGAUGUCUCGGCUCCCGCUGGUGACAAGAUUUUCGAUGUUGCUGCUUUCGAGAAGUUCCUGCACGACCGCAUCAAGGUCCAGGGUCGCACCAACAACCUCGGUGAGUCGGUCACCAUUACCCGCAACGGCGACGAGUCUGUUGUUGUUGAGGCCAAGAUUGAGUUCUCCAAGCGUUACCUCAAGUACCUCACCAAGAAGUUCCUGAAGAAGAACAACCUGCGUGACUGGCUCCGUGUUGUUGCCACCACCAAGGACACCUACAAGCUCAAGUACUUCAACAUCGCCAACCAGGGUGAGGAGUCCGCCGACGAGGAGUCUGCUGACGAGGAGUAAGCGCGCAUCUUUUUUUUGCUGGCCCCCGCAAGACCACUUUAUUAUUUGCACUUGUUUUUUAUAUUCACAUUCAAAUAAUAACUGUAGUCAAGUAAAAAAA